CAAGGAUUAUUUGUAUGUUUACCCUCUUCUCUUCUCUGAGUCCCGAGUGCCGCGAAAAUGGAGGAUGAAUCUGCGAGAUAGGAUAAUGCAGAGACUGAUUGAAUGAAUCAAGGAUGACUUUUGUCUUUAUGGUACACCUCCCUUUCGGACACUGGUCCUGUCAAAGUAAGAAAAGAACAUCCGAUAGAAAUGGAGUUUUCGACAAUGCAGGGAGAGGAGUGUACCAACCGGAAUCACCAACCUGACAAGUGACACGGUAAGGAUGAAAGGAGAAUUGGGAGUUUUGACCCGUAGGUCAGAUCGAUGCGUCCGUUGAACGUCGAGUCGUGACUCUGGAAUUCCAUUUACCUCCUUUUCUCUGGCUCCUGGGAUCUCCUUACUUGCUUCCAGAAUCCAGACCAAUCAUGGCGUCCGCCGAGGCAUUGGAGACUUCCGAUCCCUCUCCGACAGCCUCGCUUCUCGAUACACCCGUUCCCCCGGCCGCCCCCACCGCCGCCGCCUCCAAGAAACUAGCCCUCCUCCCCCUCGUCUUCCUCAUCUACUUCGAGGUCUCCGGCGGUCCCUACGGUGAGGAGUCCGCCGUGGGAGCCGCCGGGCCGCUCUUCGCCAUCCUGGGCUUCAUCGCCUUCCCCUUCGUCUGGAGCGUCCCCGAGGCCCUCGUCACGGCGGAGCUCGCCGCCGCCUUCCCCGGCAAUGGCGGCUACGUCAUCUGGGCCCACCGGGCAUUCGGACCCUUCUGGGGAUCCCUGCUUGGCUCCUGGAAGUUCCUCUGCGGGGUCAUCAACCUGGCCUCCUACCCUGCCCUCUGCAUGGACUACCUCAAGCUGAUGAUCUCGGUUUUCGCCUCGGGCGUGCCCCGGUACGUCGCCAUCUUCUUGUUCACUUCGGUGUUGUCCUUCAUGAAUUACACUGGUUUGAGCAUUGUCGGCUACACUGCAGUUGGUUUGGGUGUUGUAUCUCUCUCGCCUUUUGUUGUGCUGACAUUGUUUGCGAUUCCCAAGAUUGAUCCUAAAAGGUGGAUCAGCCUGGGUGAGGUGGGCGUGGCUAAGGACUGGACGCUUUUCUUCAACAUCCUCUUUUGGAACUUGAAUUUCUGGGACAGUGCAAGUACUUUAGCUGGGGAAGUUGAGGACCCCCAGAGGACAUACCCUAAGGCACUCUUCUCUGCUGGUCUGCUUGCUUGCUUGGCUUAUCUGGUGCCUCUUUUGGCUGCAAUUGGGGCGAUCCCUCUGGAUCAAGAGGAUUGGGUAGAUGGGUACUUUGCCGAUGCCGGGGAGUUGAUCGCCGGCGAGUGGCUCAAGAUCUGGAUCGAAAUUGGUGCGGUCCUAUCGGUCGUGGGACUCUUUGAAGCACAGCUGAGUAGCUGCGUGUAUCAACUUUUGGGGAUGGCGGACUUGGCAUUUUUGCCCCGGUCAUUUGGGUUCCGGUCCGCGUGGUUCAACACCCCCUGGGUGGGGAUUUUGAUCUCCACAUUGAUUGCGCUGGCGGUUUCUUACCUAGACUUCACGGAACUGAUUUCGACGGUGAAUUUCUUGUACAGUUUGGGAAUGCUGCUGGAGUUUGCAUCAUUUCUUUGGUUGCGGAAGAAAUUGCCUGCAGUUAAGAGGCCGUUCAAAGUGCCGAUGGCGAUGCCGGGACUGGUGAUCAUGUGCUUGAUUCCGUCUUGCUUUUUGGUUUAUGUGAUGACCGUGGCUUCUAAAACUGUAUAUAUACUGAGUGCCGUGAUGACCAUCUUCGCGAUCUUUUGGUACUACUUCAUGAAGAUCUGCAAAUCAAAGUCCUGGUUCCAAUUCCAUGAUGUUGGUGAAAAGUUGGACGACGAGGAGUAACCGGAACUCUAGCACAUAUAUUGUAAGGUUGUAAGUUCAAGCCCCCGAAGAAGGAAAGCACAAUAUAGUUCGGAUCGCAUUUUCUGGACGACUAAGAUCAGGAUUGAGACCAGUGAAAUUUUUUCCUCCUUCGAAUAGUUUUGCAGAUAGAGCAAUCAGAAUCCAUUGUUAUAGGAAGCCCUGUCCGAAAGUAUCAUGUUACCAAACCUGAACAUGUUUCUAAGUGAAAAUGGAUGUUACAUACUUUCUCUUGUGUCAGAGAUCUGAGAAGGCGGUGCUAUGAAUUCGACUUGAUGGACCAAACAUUGUUCGACGGAGUGGUGCUGCGGUGUGUGUGAAAGGUGUAGAAAGCAGGGGCAAAAUUUUGAUGAGGAAGAAGACAGACAGUAGCAGAAAUUUCUUGGUGAAUUUGAUUCUAAAUUGCUCACAUCAUAUCGAAUUCGAAUCCUUGGCGGUAAAAAUGAUUUUCCUCUUGGUGCUCUCUUGACUUCUGGUAAUCCCAACUCAAGCGAGUCCCUUUUUCCUUUCCUUUCAUUUUGGCUCGAAGGUUGGAAUCCAACUCAAGCAAGUUUUACUAUGAACAUAUGAUGAUGGCAGUAGUUAAUCAAGUACGAAGCCUCCCUCUACGAGUUGAUCAGCCUCUUCCAACUGACAUUUUGUGAAUCGAAAAUGUACAUCGCCGUAGGGAUAUCGAAGGGCGAGCCCAUCACGGCGAGAGAUGAUCAGAAAUCUACAAGAGCUUACGACGGCCUAUUCAAGAAGUAGACCCUGGACAUGGCAACUUUUUCUUUUCGACUGCAUUUCGACAGACCAGGUAAUCUGAGAACAAGGAAAAAUUUGUAGCGUACGUGGAAGAUAUGGCUCGCCUAAGCGCCGAGUCGGAGACCGACGACAACGAGAUGCGUCUCUAAACUGUUCAUUAAGCAAGAACAACUCAACAACCUAGCCUAGAUAAUCCGGAAGACUUUGGCAUUUACAGUACUGAGAAUCAGGGCGUAACAGGUGAUUUACGCAACAGUCUGUGCAUAACUCAGUGUUCCUAGUAACAAC